AUGUCGGUCGUCGGUCUCGACCUCGGGACGCAAAACAGUGUCAUUGCUGUUGCGCGGAAUAAGGGUGUCGAUGUCAUCACCAACGAAGUCUCGAACCGUGCGACUCCCUCCCUCGUAGGCUUUGGUCCUAAGGCACGAUACUUGGGCGAGUCCGCAAAGACGCAGGAAGUCUCGAACCUCAAGAACACCGUCGGCUCCCUCACACGACUCGCCGGCCGCUCAUUACAAGAUCCCGAUGUACAGAUCGAGCAAGAGUUUGUCUCGGCGCCGCUGUGCGAGGUCAAUGGCCAGGUCGGCGCCGAGGUCACAUACAUGGGCGAGAAGCAGAAGUUCUCAGCUACCCAGCUGAUUGCCAUGUUCCUCACCAAGAUCCGUGACACCGCAUCGAAAGAGCUGAGACUACCCGUGAACGACAUGGUCAUCUCCGUUCCAGCAUGGUAUACCGACGCACAGCGUAGAGGCUUGUUGGACGCAGCAGAGGUGGCCGGCUUGAAGGUGCUCCGAUUGAUCAACGAGACAACCGCGACCGCUCUUGGCUACGGUAUCACAAAGCUCGACCUACCGACCGCAGAGGAGAAGCCACGACGAACCGCAUUCAUCGACAUUGGUGCUAGCAAUUACACCGCGACAAUCGCAGAGUUCCGCAAGGGUGAGCUCAAGAUCAUCUCUACCGCCUACGACAGGCAUUUCGGUGGUCGCAACUUCGACAAGGCCAUUGUCGACCACUUCAGGGACGAAUUCAAGGAAAGAAACAGGAUUGACAUCUACGAGAACCCCAAGGCGCGUGUGCGUGUCGCAGCGGCAGUCGAGAAGCUGAAGAAGGUCCUAUCUGCCAACGCAAUGGCACCAAUCAACAUCGAGUCCCUCAUGAACGAUGUGGACGUACGAGGCAUGCUUAAGCGUGAGGAAAUGGAAGAACUCCCAGGUGUCAAGGCCCUCCUGCAGCGUGCAACCGUGCCCCUCGAGCAGGCUCUCGCAGAUGCCAAGCUCAAGGCGGAAGACAUCGACUUCGUUGAGCUUGUUGGUGGUUGCACUCGUGUACCAGCACUCAAGGCCGCUAUCCAGAACUUCUUCGGCAAGCCACUCAACUACACCAUGAACGCCGACGAGGCCAUCGCCAGAGGCUGCGCUUUCAGCUGUGCCAUCCUUUCGCCAGUUUUCCGUGUCCGCGACUUCAGCGUGCAGGACGUGGUCAACUACCCAAUCGAGUUCGCCUGGGAAAAGUCGCCGGACAUUCCAGACGAAGACACCAACCUCACCGUCUUCAACCGAGGCAACGCGAUGCCAUCGACCAAGAUCCUCACAUUUUACCGCAAACAGCCAUUCGAGCUCGAGGCCAAGUACGCCAAGCCUGAGCAGCUUCCCGGUAAGAUCAACCCAUGGAUUGGUCGAUUCAGCGUGAAGGGCGUCAAGGCAGAGGGCAAGGAGGAUUUCAUGAUCUGCAAGCUCAAGGCUCGCCUGAACCUGCACGGUGUGCUCAACGUCGAGCAAGGAUACUACGUAGAGGAGCAGGAGAUUGAAGAGCCUAUUACAGAGGAGAAGAAGGACGGUGAUGUGAGUACUAUCCAGCAUUUGAAUUCUGUGCGACCUGCUUUUAUUUCGAGCGAAGAGGAGGAAAGAUCGCUCGAGUGCACAGCAACCGACUUGCGGAACCUGCGCAGCUCUCCGGAGCAAGAUCGAGCGGCAAAGCGAUCGAAGCCGAACGAACCAUUGCUGACAAACCGACAGGCAAUGGACACCGAUGAUAAGGCCAACGGCGAGGCCAAAGCACCCGUCAAGACGCGCAAGGUCAAGAAGCAAGUCCGCAAGGGCGACCUCCCUCUGUCCGCCGGCACCGCCUCGCUCGACCAGGCUGCCAAGGACAACUACAUGGAGAAGGAAGGCCAGAUGGUGUCAGAGGACAAGCUUGUCGCGGAGACCGAAGACAAGAAGAACGAGCUCGAGUCGGAGAUCUACGCCAUGCGUGCGAAGAUCGAGGAGCCAUACGAGAGUAACGGAUACUCAGACUUUGCCAGUGAUGAGGAGAAGGAGAAGAUUCGGGCGAAGUGCGAAGAGCUCGAGGACUGGCUUUACGACGACGGCGAAGAUGCCAAGAAGGCACAAUACGUCGCCAAGCUUGACGAACUCCGCGCAUCUGCUGGCCCAGUUAUCCAGCGCUUCAACGACAAGCGACAAGAAGAGGAAGACGCACGAAGAAGGAUCGCCGAAGAGGCCGCAGCCAAGAAGCGCGCAGAAGAGGAGGCAGCAAAGAAGGCCGCCGAGGAGAAGCGGAAAGCUGAGGAGGCUGCAAAGAUUAUGAACGAUGGCUCUGAUGCUGCCCCGCAGAAGCCGGACGAGGAGAUGAAGGAUGCCGACCAACCUGCUGAGGUCGAGGAGGCUUAG